GUUUAGACGUUAACGAUUUGACAAGACAACAGAUCACAAUCUAUGUUAUUAGCCAGCUUGCAUGGACGUUUGCAAAUACAACAACAGCAUGCCGCCUGUGAACGAAAACAAGAGAAAGGAUAGUCUGAAGUUCGUUUUGUUUGCCCUGGUGGUUUUCGUGGUCGCGAACGGCAUUGUUUACGUUCAUUUGCUCGUCAAUAAUGUGGACCUCUCGGCCAGACUUGGGGAUGUGGAGAGGGAGCUGCAUUCGUACCGUCUCUCGGUAGAUCAAGAUAGUUUGACAGGUCACAUGCAAGAGGAUGGGCGAGCUGUGGAGCAAAACAGCGAUCUUAUCGAUAACCAGGCACCGAUCAGGGUCCAGAAACGGUCCUACAGAACCGAGCCGAGAGAGGAAAGGAGUGUCAUCGACGCCCCAGUUCUGACAAUACACGCCAGACUUGUUGACGGCGAGAGUAGUAACGAAGGCCGGCUGGAGGUUCGGAGUGAGUCCGGAGAAUGGGGGACCAUCUGUAACGACAGGUGGGACAUGAGGGAUGCUGAUGUCGUCUGCAGACAGCUGGGAUACAGAGGGGCAGUGCCCGGUACGGAGAGGAGGUUCUUCGGAGAGGGCAGGGGGAAGAUCUGGCUGGAUGACGUCAUCUGUGCAGGAACUGAGUCCAACCUGGGAGAUUGUAACCUCCCCCUAGGGUGGGGAAACCACAACUGUAUGCAUGACGAGGACGUGGGCGUCGUCUGUGCAGGAGUUAAUGAAUGUGCCACCAACCACUGCCGGAACAACGCUGCCUGUGUGGGGAGUGGGGAGGGGUACAGGUGCCUCUGUACUACAGGGUUUCACGGAAAACAUUGUGAACAUGGUACUCACAGACAUCAUGGAGCUUAUUCGGGACAGAUCUCUUUGCUGUCAGUCCACAUCCCAGCCAGGACGGACUCAAGAUCACGGUCCGGCAUGAUAACCGUGAAAAAGGGAAUCUUCACCCAGUGGGGCAAUAUUCACGUGCCAGGGUUUGGGUUUGAUGAAGGGCAGCUUGAGAUUCUGGAGCCGGGCAAAUACUUCGUCUACAGUCAGGUCGAGUUUGCAGGAGACGAGAAGGAUGCAGGUAGUAAGUACUCCGUGAGAGUGGGAGAGACGCCGUACCUGAGCUGUAUGUUACCGGUGGAAGGUGUUCCUCCCCGCUACACGUGUUACACCGGCGGGGUGCUGGACCUGAAGACCGGGGACAGAGUCUACAUCUACGUGGAGACCAGCCACACGUGCAACAUCGGCACGGAUGCGGACAGGACGUACUUUGGAGCCAUCAAACUGUCUGCUGAUGAAGAUGCUAACUAAUGGCGUCUAUUGUUAACUGUUAAUGUUUUCAUCUUUAUUUUAACAGCCAUUUUGUCUUUAUUUUAACAUCUAUUUGACCGAAACGCAUCUUGCACAUAUUACUUUCAGAAGACCGGUCAAUGAAAUGACAUCUUGAGUUAGUUACAGUUAUAGUUACAGUUAUAGUUGAGAAUGAAUAUUAAUGUCAGAGUUAGAUUGGCUUCGCUAUCACACUUUGAAUAAUAACACAAUUGAUAAAGGUUAUUGGUACAUAAGUGCAAAUUAUGCUAUGGACACUGCCAAGUUUGUUAAUCACAUAUGAAAUAGUAGCUACGUUCCAUGUAUGGACAUGAAAGCGGUAAAACAAUGCUGUUGAGUAUAAGUGACUAGAUUAUUUAAUGAACAGUGUCAGUUGUGUAGGUAGGGUGUUUCCCUAUGUAUGGUUUUACGUAUGGUAUUACGUAGUAUAUGACUUAUAUAUGUGUUUUUUUUUAGUUCCUUUCCCACGUUGUGAAAUCCCACUUUCUAUGCGUAUGUCCACUACAAUGUCAUCGAACACUUUUCAUUGUACCCAUGACUAUUGCACGGUUAGUGUGGUUGUCUGAGAAAGUUUGGUUAAUCUAUAUAAAUCAACAAGUCUACGAAAAUCAAAUAAGCUAUGACUUGAAUAUUGAAUCACGAUAGUUGAAAUCAGAAAAUAUCGACAAAAGGAAAUGAAUAAACUGUACAUUUCAGCUUAUGUAAAUAUUAUGAAAACAAAUAAAGGGCCAUUAUUCA